ACGAGUUAUGUUAGUCAAUUUUUUAAGGUCACGCUUACGUUGAUAAGAUGGCUGCACAUUCAAGAUAUUUCCGUUUUAAUAUUUGAUGUUACAGUCUGUGAUGAAGCGAAACAACAUGAUAUCAAUAAAGAUACUCGAGUUGGAAGAAGCAGUAAUUCUUCGAAUAAAUUUUUACGGGAAUGGGCGGCAACGAGAGCAUUGAGAACUGUUGAAGAGCAUGAGCAUUUUAUGGAACCACCGUCGUUGUAA